AUGGCUGCACAGUCAGCACCGAAGGUUGUGCUAAAGAGCACCACCAAGAUGUCUCUGAACGAGCGCUUUACUAACAUGCUGAAGAACAAACAGCCGAUGCCAGUGAAUAUUCGGGCUACCAUGCAGCAGCAGCAGCAGCUGGCCAGUGCCAGAAACAGAAGACUGGCCCAGCAGAUGGAGAACAGACCUUCUGUCCAGGCUGCCCUCAAGCUGAAACAGAAGAGCUUAAAACAACGCCUCGGUAAAAGCAACAUCCAGGCACGCUUGGGCCGGCCGGCGGGCGCCCGGGCUCGGGGAGCCAUGGGGGGCAGAGGACUGUCCAUGGGGCAGAGAGGGUUGCCCCGGGGAGCCAUGCGUGGGGGCCGAGGAGCCAGAGCCCUGCUCAGAGGAGGACUCCCGCUCCGAGGUCAGAGCUUGCUUCGUGGAGGCCGAGGAAUCUCGCCCAGGAUGGGCCUGAGGAGAGGUGGCAUCCGAGGUCGUGGUGGCCCUGGAAGAGGAGGGCUGGGCAGAGGAGCCAUGGGCCGCGGAGGGCUCGGCGGCAGA